UUCACUCUGAAGUUAUGGUUUCAACCAGGGGGUCUUAAUCUUCACUUUGAAUCAUUCACAGAUUUUAACCUAGUUUGUUUGUUCCUUAUGACAAGUAGUUGUGGAUAUCUAUUGGUGUUCCUGUAUUUGGCUUGUGGGGUUUAUUGAAUGUUAAAGGAAACUUUUUGAUGGAUCGAUGGGUAAACCAAUUUUAUAUGUUUUUGUCUCCAUAACAUUCUGUUAAGAAAUUUGAAGCCAAAUAGGAUUUAGCAUUUUUUAUUUUUUUCGGAAAGGCAAAUGGUAUUUAGAAAGGGUGCUUCAGUAAAUGAUAUUUUAAUGUUUCCUUUCUAAAAGUUCAAUGUUCUUAACUUUAUUAAACAAAAAAUUUGGAAAGCACUCCAAUUGAUGCGAAGGAUUAAGAUUUGGAUCUUUCGUGAGGUGGUUAGCCAUUCCAACUUACAAGACCAUGUAGGAGGGUUGUCAUUUAAGCUAAAUCUUGAAGCUUUACAUUUAUAUUUACUGAUAUGUUUUUUGGGACAUUAUACUAGGUGUUGUAGGACCAUGGAUGAAAGUAUCAUUGAUUUUGACUUGAAUGAGCCUUCAAAUGAUGAAGUGGGGGUUAUAUCGUUCGAAAGAAAUACAUUCGAGUUGAAUGAGUAUCCCAAAGAAAUUGAUUGUUCAAGUGAAGAUGACUUAGCUGGGCAAAAAAAGAGUGAAGAUGACUUAGUGCAAAAUGUGUUUGAUCCUUUUCUUGGUCAGUGUUUUUUAAGUGAAGAAGAGGCUUAUGUUUGCUUUCAAAACUAUGCCCGUAGGAGUGGGUUUUCCAUUCGGAAAGAUCGCACAAACAAAAAAAAUGGAGAAGUAAGACGACAAGAUUUUGUUUGUCAAUGUGAAGGGAAACCACGGUUGAAACUUGUGGACUCCUCCAAAGAACAACGAAAUAAGAAAUCUGUAAGGUGUGGAUGCAAAGCUCGAAUACGUAUCACUUUAAAGAAAUCAUUUGAUAUUUUCCCUCAAGAAUGGCAAAUCACUGAGUUCAUUACGGAGCAUAACCAUGAGUUGUUAAGUCCUACAGAAGUUCGGUUUCUUCCUGUCAAUCGAAAGAUUUCGGAUGCUGAUGAAAAGCGUAUACUUUUGUUCAAAGAAGCUGGUCUUUCAGUCAAGGAAAUGAUGCGCCUUAUGGAAGUUGAAAAAAAAGUCAAACAUGGUUACCUUCCAUUCCUUGAAAAAGAUGUGCGGAACCUUUUAACUAAAAUUGGGAAGAAGCAUGAAGUUAACGAUGCUAUGGAUCUUUUGCAUCAUUGUAAGGUUGCAAAAGAAGAAAAUUCCAAGUUUCAAUAUGCUUUUACAGUUGAUGAAGAAAGAAAGUUAGAACACAUUUUUUGGUCUCAUGCCCUUUCUUUCGAUUGGUACCAAAAGUUUGGAGAUGUUGUCGUGUUUGACACUACUUACAAGGUUAAUGCCUAUCAAAUGCCUUUUGGCAUUUUUGUGGGAAUCAAUAAUCAUGGAAAGACGAUAUUGUUCGGGUGUGCACUUCUUCGAAAUGAGACAACAAGUGCUUUUCGGUGGUUGUUUAAGACUUUCACAGCUUUGAUGAAGAAACAACCAAAAACUAUACUAACUGAUCAGGAUCCAUGGAUUACUCAAGCAAUUGCAAAAGAAUUUCCAACCACAAAGCAUAGCUUUUGCAUAUGGCAUAUUACUAGCAAAUUUAGUGGUUGGUUUACGGCUGUUCUUCAAAGUCAAUAUCAAGAUUGGUGUGCUGAUUUUUACAAGUUAUACCACUUGGACUCGCCUGAAGAGUUUGAACACCAGUGGUCUCACUUGAUUGCCAAGUAUAAUAUGCAUACCAAUAAGCAUGUCAUUGGUUUGAAUGGGAUCAAGCACUUUUGGGUACCAGCUUAUCUCCGUGAUAAUUUUUUUGGUGGGAUGACAACUACAGGAAGGUCAGAGAGCAUCAAUGCAUUUAUAAAGCGGUUUAUUGGCUCUCACAGCAACUUGAGCCAAUUUGUUAAACAAGCUGAUCUUGCUAUUGAAGAUGUUCAACAACGAGAAUUGCAUGAUACAAUGUUAGAAAAAUAUAGAGGCUCUACUUUGAGAACAAUGUCUCCAUUGGAAGAGCAAGCUCGUGGUGUUCUCACACCAUUUUGUUUUAAAAAGUUUCAAGAAGAGUUCGGAAGAGCAACUUUAUAUUCAUUGCUUGGCGAAAAUGGUAAUGAGUUUAUAGUAAAGUAUCACGAGGAAACAACUACGAAAAAGCGUAUCGUGUUUUGGGAUGGUGAGAUGGCAACAUGUAGUUGCAAGCACUUCGAAUUUUGGGGAAUACUUUGUCGUCACAUUUUGAGUGUGUUUCUUCAUAAGGAUUGCUAUGCAAUACCGUUCACAUAUUUACCAGUACGUUGGAGUCGUGAAGUGCCACAAAGUGAGGAAGCACCGCGAGUGCUAGAGGAGGAAACUUUAUCGGAUACACCAAUUGAUGAUAUUCAUUGUCCUCCGAUUUCAAAAACCAAAGGGCGUCCCAAGACAAAACGAUUGAAAGGUGGAAAAGAAGCACGAAAGGUAACCAAGUCUUGUGGAUUUUGCAAGAAAGUUGGCCAUAAUAUUACGACAUGUCCGGAGAAGGAAAAUAUUGGUUUUGUCAACGGUUCACAGAAAAAGAAAAAGAAAACUUCAAGUAGCGACAUUGGCUUGAAUCCAAUCUUUUCUCUGAAAUAUUAGGGUGGUACAUAUGGAAGUUGUUGGGAUCUACAUUUAUUUUGUUUUUGAAGAUCUCAGUUCAAUUUGAAAGACUUUUGCACAAAAUGAUGGCAGGAACAUGGCUAUUUGGGGAUUAACUUUAUUUUGUUUCCAUAGAUCCCAACUUAAGUUGUAGAUUUUUGCACAAAUAGUAGUAAUAUGGGUAGUUGGGAAGUAAUUUUGUAAAGAAAGGUAAACUGUUUAUGCAGAUUGAUGGUUAUUUUGGAUACCCAACUAACUGUAAGUUGAAUUUGAUUAUAAUUUACAUUUUAUAUUUGUAUGUGCCUUGCUAUUGAUGUUGGAAAUGUGAGAUUUUUGUAUGGAUUUAAAGCCUUGAAUAGUUUAGUAU